UUCACUUUCGCUCACUCUAGUUUCUCUCCUUCAGCGGAACAGAGCCUCGACCCCUCAGAUCCACCUCGAGCUGCUGUUGUGCCAUCCCCUCCCCCACAGCAAAUAACAGGUCAUCAUGUCCCAAAGGGUGGUCAGGGCCAGCAAGUUCCGCCACGUCUUCGGCAAGGCGUUGAAGGCAGACCAGUGCUAUGAUGACAUCAGGAUCUCCCAGAUGACCUGGGACAGCAACUUCUGCACCGUCAACCCCAAGUUUGUGGCCAUGAUAGUGGAUGCCAGUGGUGGAGGAGCAUUCAUUGUUCUUCCGCUGACCAAGACUGGCCGCAUUGACAUGUCCUAUCCCAAUGUUUGUGGCCACACUGGACCAGUCCUGGAUAUUGAAUGGUGUCCGCACAACGACAACAUCAUUGCUAGUGGCUCAGAAGACUGUAGUGUUAUGAUCUGGGAGAUUCCCGACAGCGGCCUGGUCUCAUCUCUGACCACACCGCUGGUGAAACUCGAGGGCCACUCCAAGCGUGUGGGCAUCCUCAGCUGGCACCCCACCGCCCACAAUGUGCUGAUGAGUGCAGGCUGUGAUAAUGUGGUGAUCCUGUGGAAUGUGGCCCGCGGAGAGGCGGUUGUGCGGAUGGAGACCCAGCACACGGACGUCAUCUACAGCGCCUGCUGGAACAGGGACGGCACACAGAUCCUCACCUCCUGCAAGGACAAGAAGAUCCGUGUGCUUGACCCGCGCAAGGCCACCGUCAUCUCUGAGAAGGAUAAGCCGCAUGAGGGCUCCAGACCUGUCAGGGCCAUAUAUGUAAACGAUGGGAAGAUCUUGACCACUGGUUUCAGCCGAAUGAGCGAACGACAAGUGGCUCUGUGGGACCCGAGUAAUUUCUCGGAAGCCCUCACCCUUCAGGAGCUGGACACAAGCAGUGGAGUGCUUCUGCCUUUCUUUGACCCUGACACCGGCGUUGUGUAUCUGUGUGGAAAGGGAGACAGUAGCAUCCGCUACUUUGAGGUGACUGACGAGGCUCCCUAUGUCCACUACCUCUCCAUGUACAGCAGCAAAGAGAGCCAGAAGGGCAUGGGCUAUAUGCCCAAAAGAGGUCUGGAGGUCAACAAAUGCGAGAUUGCCAGAUUCUAUAAGCUUCAUGAGCGGAAAUGUGAACCCAUCGUUAUGACUGUUCCCCGCAAGUCGGAUUUGUUCCAAGAGGAUCUGUUUCCGGACACCAUUGGUCCAGAACCCUCUGUGGAAGCCGAUGAUUGGUUUAAUGGCAAGGAUGGCCAGCCAAUCUUGAUUUCCUUGAAGGAUGGGUAUGUGGCCAGCAAGCCCAAAGAGUUCAAAGUGAUCAAGAGCCUGAUGGCAACCACAGUUUCCACCUCCUCCAAUUCUGGAAGUGACUCGGGAGUUCAGGCCCUGCAGGCUGAGGUGAAAGAGCUGAAGGCCACGAUCGAAGAGCUCACCAAAAGAGUGAGCGAGUUGGAGAGUAAAAACUAAAGUGGAGGAAAAAUGGGCAUAUAACUGGGGCAUAUGGGAGAGGCCCAAGGAAGGGAAUAGGAAGAAAUAUUUUGUUAUAUGUCAGUGGUCUCAAACUUUUUGCAUCACUCCCCACUUUGGAGGUGGGGAAUUUUCACGCCCCACCUGACCCCAUCACCCCGGCAAAAUAAGAAUGUUAAAAUAUUAUUUUCGCAUUUUGGCUCCAUGUAACAUUUCCCGUUUUGGUCCACUGGAUCAAAUGUUAUUUUAAUCAAUAAGCCUGUUUAUGCCUCCUAUGUUUGUGUGUGGCUAUUUUGUUUUGAAUAUAUAAUAUUCCUCCUCAAAAAAGAAAGGCAUUAUUAAAGGCACAAAAAACAACUUUCCUCCUGUUCAUCGCGCCCCACCUGUCAUGUCUAUAUUCCCCACUGGUGGGGCCUGCCCCACACUUUGAGAACCACUGGAUUAAGUGAAGGUUAAAAAUGAAAAGUAAAGAUGUAAAUGCAGUGUGAUAUGUAGGACAAAAUGGAAUUGCUCCCUACAAUGCGAUAGUGGAGAUGUUCUGAAGAGUCUUCCUUUUUUUCUAAUAUAUGCGUUACAUCAGAAUACAUGUUGUAACUAUUUUGGACUUUUUGUCAGAUUGAAUUCAUUGUUUCCAAUACAUGCAUAUGUUUGCAAACAAAACAUGAGAGAUAGUUUGUUUAGAGACAUUUUUAAUUAAAAUUGUUGUAUUUGCCUAA